GACGUUCAGCAGUGACGAAGGCCUCCGGCACUCAGUCUGCUGGAUUUUCUCCACGGGCUCGUGUGGGGAGCGGGCCUUGGCUGCGCUGUGAGUGAGAGUUGGCAGAACAGGCUUCAAAAGAACGAGAGGAGGCCGAGGAAAAGAAGUAGCCGUGCCGCUGUGAAUUCCUUUGGACGAUUGAUGAUAUUUAUCAUUGUGCCCAGUUUCUACACAUAAAAGAUGGGUGGAUUAUUUUCUCGAUGGAGGACAAAACCUUCAACUGUAGAAGUUUUGGAAAAUAUAGAUAAGGAAAUUCAAGCAUUGGAAGAAUUUAGGGAAAAAAAUCAGAGAUUACAAAAAUUAUGGGUUGGAAGAUUAAUUCUCUACUCUUCAAUUCUUUAUCUGUUUACAUGUUUAAUUGUAUACUUGUGGUAUCUUCCUGAUGAAUUUACAGCAAGACUGGCCAUGACACUUCCAUUUUUUGCUUUCCCAUUGAUCAUCUGGAGCAUAAGAACAGUGCUUAUUUUCUUCUUUUCCAAGAGAACAGAAAGAAAUAAUGAAGCACUGGAUGAUUUAAAAUCCCAGAAGAAAAAAAUACUUGAAGAAGUCAUGGAAAAAGAAACUUAUAAAACGGCUAAAUUAAUUCUUGAAAGGUUUGAUCCAGACUCAAAGAAAGCAAAGGAGUUUGAGCCGCCAUCUGCUGGAGCAGCUGUAACUGCAAGACCUGGACAAGAGAUUCGUCAGCGAACUGCAGUUCAGAGAAACCUUUCUCCAACACCAGCAAGCUCUAGCCAGGGCCCUCCUCCGCAAGUUCCAGUAUCUCCUGGACCACCAAAGGACAGUUCAGCCCCUGGUGGACCCCCUGAAAGAACUGUUACUCCAGCCCUAUCAUCAAAUGUGUUACCAAGACGUCUUGGAUCCCCUGCUACUUCAGUGCCUGGAAUGGGUCUUCAUCCUCCAGGUCCACCUUUAGCAAGACCCAUUCUCCCCCGAGAACGAGGUGCUCUGGAUAGAAUUGUUGAAUAUUUAGUUGGUGAUGGUCCACAGAACAGAUAUGCCCUUAUAUGUCAGCAGUGUUUUUCUCAUAAUGGCAUGGCUUUGAAAGAAGAAUUUGAAUACAUUGCUUUUCGAUGUGCCUACUGUUUUUUCUUGAAUCCUGCAAGAAAAACUAGACCUCAGGCUCCAAGGCUUCCAGAGUUUAGUUUUGAGAAGAGACAGGCAGUGGAAAGCUCAAGUUCACUUGGUCCCUUGCCCUCAGGAAGUGUGAUUUCAUCAGAGAACCAGAUCACUGAAGAAUCUGUAGAAGAACAAGAUGUUCUUGAUAACAGUACAGAGCAGACAGAGGAGAAAAUAUCAGACACAGAGCAGACAAACCAAGGGACUGAAAAAGUAUCUGGCACAGAGGAACCAGAGGAGAAGCAAGAGGCUGAGAAUGAGGACACCUCAAUGAAUGAAGCCAAAUCAGUAGUCCCCAGAGCCGAUCCUAUUCCUAAUCCUGAACUCAGUGGAGAGUCUCUGAUGGCCAUGUAGUAAAUGCUUUCACGUGCCUUCAACUGGAUAUUUGUAGUCUUGAUGAUGAUGUCAGUCAUUGCUUUCUAGGUGGUGCUUUCUUUCUUUCUUUUUUUUUUUUUUUUCCUUUCUCUCUCCCUCUAAGGAUGUGUUUGAUAUCAUUUGAAUUCAAAUUGCUUGACUAUUUCAAUAUAUCAGAGUUGUAGCUCCUGGGUGUUAAAUUAAAGGCGAGUGAUAUCAGUAAAGUAAGAUCCUUUGGAAAUUAUAAAGACCCACACUAUUUAGCCCGCUUUUAGAUGUUUUCUUCCAUUCUAAAAGUAAACAAAGUAGCAUUCUCAUUUUCUCUAUGUGUGACCUGUAAAUAAUACCAUUUUGACAUAGGAAGAACUUUGGUUAUGAAUAAGUUCUAAUGGUAUUCAUUUUAAGGAAUGAAACAAUUAAGAUUUUUAAUAAUUAUUCGUUAAAAAUGGGUAGAAUUUUAAUUCUUGAGAUAUUUGUGUGUGUGGGAUGUCUAUUUAGGCAUUUCCAUUAAGUGGUAGGAAAGUUCUAACUGUAACUAUAUAGGCAUUGGUACAAAUUCUCAGUAAGAAUGCAACUGAACAGUCAAGUGCAGUGUUUCUUUUUUGAUGUUUCUUAUUUUGCAGCUGGGCCAAAGGCACUUGAUGUAUAUAACUAGCUUAUGUUUACAUAUUAACAUAUAGGAAAUAUCUCUGCACUUGACUGUACUUGAAUUCUGAGCAUUAUUUAUACUUGUAAAAUAAUGGUGAUAUAUAAGUGAAUUUUGUGCUCUUGUGUGUAUUUUGUUAAGGAAAAUAAAGAUGAUCUGGCAGCAGUUUCUUUUUGUUAAA